AUGGCUGCCCUACAUACCACCGUAGGAGGAAACUCUGCCUUCCACAACUUCAACAAUGACUUCGCUCAUAUCACAGACGCCAAUGAGAGAAGACGUCUUGCUCUUGCCGAGAUUGAUAGAGCUCCAUUUGGAUGGUAUCACGUCCGUGCCUGUGUUGUCGCAGGUAUUGGUUUCUUUACUGAUUCCUACGAUAUAUUUGCCAUUAACUUGGUCACUUCCAUGUUGGGUAUAGCAUUUUUCCAGAACAGUGUUUCAAAAGGUGCAAUUCCAACAACCAGUGAUACUGCUAUUAAGGUUGCCACUUCUGGUGGAACUGUUAUUGGUCAACUCGGUUUCGGAUGGCUUGCAGAUGUUGUUGGUCGUAAGAAGAUGUAUGGUCUUGAGUUGAUGAUUAUCAUCUUUGCUACUCUCGCUCAAGCCCUUUCUUCUCCAUCACAUGCUAUUUCCAUUGUUGGUCUAUUCAUCUUCUGGCGUGUCUUGAUGGGUAUCGGUAUUGGUGGAGAUUAUCCUUUGUCAAGUGUCAUCACUUCCGAAUUCGCUACCACUAAAUGGAGAGGAGCCAUGAUGAACGCAGUUUUUGCCAUGCAGGGUAUUGGUCAAUUUGCUGCUGCUAUCCUUGCUUUAAUUGUCACUGAGGGUUUCAAAGAGUCACUCUUGACUGGUUCUAAAGCAUCAACCUGCACUGGCGUUUGUCAACUCGCUGUUGAUAAGAUGUGGCGUGUUAUCAUCGGUUUUGGUGCUGUCCCAGGUUGCAUUGCUCUCUACUAUCGUUUAACCAUUCCUGAAACCCCUCGAUACACCUUCGAUGUUGCCCGUGAUGUUGAGCAAGCUAGCGAGGACGUUCAAGCCUACAAGCAAGGAAAGAGUCACGGUGAACCAGAUGAAAUCACUCGCGUUACCACCAUCAAUCAAAGCUCCCAAGAGCUCGAAAUCCCAAAGGCUAGUUGGGCAGACUUUAUCGCUCACUACAAGCAAUGGAGAUUCGGCAAGAUCCUUCUCGGUACAGCCGGUUCAUGGUUUUUCCUUGAUGUCGCCUAUUACGGACUCAGUCUCAACAACUCCGUCAUCCUUUCUGCCAUUGGUUGGUCUGGUGGCCACAACAUGUAUGAGGUCUUUUACAAAACCGCCGUCGGUAACCUCAUUCUCGUUUGCGCUGGUGCUAUUCCAGGAUACUGGGUAUCUGUCGCCACAAUCGACACUCUCGGCCGUAAACCAAUUCAAUUCAUGGGUUUCACAAUCCUUACUAUACUUUUCAUCAUCAUAGGAUUCGCUUACCACAAACUUUCUGGUCAUGCCCUCCUAGCCCUUUACGUGGUCGCCCAAUUCUUCUUCAACUUUGGUCCUAACUCCACCACUUUCAUCGUUCCAGGUGAAUGUUUCCCAACCCGCUACAGAUCUACAUCUCACGGUAUCUCUGCCGCUUCCGGAAAAAUAGGUGCCAUCAUCGCACAAGUUGUUUUCGGACCACUCAGAACAAGAGGUGCUGUGAAAGGUGCUACCGGUGCCGCAGCUAGUCCUUGGUUAAACCAUGUCAUGCAAAUCUUUGCAUUAUUCAUGUUCUUGGGAUUAUUAACCACUUUCCUCAUUCCUGAAACCAAGAGAAAAACUCUUGAAGAGUUGGCAGGUGAAGUUCCUGGAACUCCUAAUUAUGAUCCCGCUUUGGCUAGAUAUACUGCGGGUGCAAAUAAGAGUGUUAAUUCGAAUGAGGAAGUGGGACAUGAAGUCGAGGCUGAGAAAAUUGUUUAG